AUGUAAUAUUAGAUUAAAUAAUUGUAAACUUAAUCAGAAUCAUCAGCAUUUAUAAUGGAAGAAGGAGUAGGUGAAUUUAUGUUUGAUAUGAUCAGCAACUACAUGAUUAAAAUAAAAAGUAAAAAAAUAAAUAAUCAAGAAAAGAAGUUAGAAUGA